AAGAGUACACAGUUGUGUGUUUCAUUGAUAUAAAGCUGUAAAGAGUGUUUUCCGAAUUGAUAUUGCCCUACUGACUACAGCAAUUUACAAACUUCUGUACGUGCAACUUUACAAUCUUUAGGAUAGAAGACAAUGUCUUUUUUUUAAAUUUUAACCGGAUGCCGGGAAAUUUGAACUUUUGUGACAAUAAGUUAUAGAUUAUAAAAUCAGGUACAAUUUUCAACCCAAAUUGCAAUUAAAAAGAAAUGAUUUGAGGGGCCAGUAGUGAUGAAUUGAUCGGAAUAUUUCAUCAAACAUUUCAUAUUUUAUUGCUUUCUUGAACAAAGUGGGCUAAGGAUGAUAUAGAAUGGACCAUAUUCCCCGCCUAUCAGAGAUCCUCUAUGUAGGUCUGAGUCGUUUUGAGAUAGGGACACCAAGUAAAGUGGCCAUCAGAAGGGAUGUAAGGGACGUGGAGGACUUGCUACAUAGAAAACCUAAAAAAAGAAAAAAUAAAUGUCCAGUCAGACUUAUGCUUAGCGGUAGUCAUAGGGAGGGAUUCAGGUUAAAUUCAUCUGACAUGGAUUACAUGUCAUGGGUUGAUUGUUUUAAAGUAAUAAAUAACCUUUGUCAGCUUAGAGAUUACAAUCCAUCAAUUCAUCAUAUUAUGCUGAUGGAGGACACAGAUAUAUCGCCAGGUUUUGUUAGAUUACAGCUCUUAACGCCGCCACGUUUGAAUUCCUUAAGAUUCUUAAUCAUUACAUUAAAUGAUAGAUUUUAUAUAUCAAAUUUGUUAUGGAGACAAUGGAUCUUUCACAAUUUUUUUUCUGCUCAUAAUCUACAAAAUUCAUAUCUUCAUGGUCCUUGUACGAGUGGUUACGAGGGAACUAUUCAAUAUGAUCAUACACUUUGCGUGUUCUGCAAAUAUUGGCCAAGUACUACUGGAAACUGGAUAAAAAGAUGCCUUGGACACGUAUGGCCUCCUGAAAAUGUAUUGAAAGACAUUUUAAACGAUGGCUGUCACUGUGUGCCUAUUGGGAGUAAAUGUACUACCAGUAGAAAUGAUUUAGAGUGGAGAUUAUCCUUUUCUAUGGCCGAGCUAAAAUUAGUGUACUCUAUGAACCAUACUCAGUUUAUAUGUUAUGGAUUGCUUAAAAUAUUUCUCAAAGAAGUAAUCAAUAAAAACGUGGAGGAACCAUUACUGUGUUCAUACUUCAUGAAGACUACAAUCUUCUGGUUAAUACAAGUUGGACAUAUGAACUGGUGUCCUAACAAUCUGCUGAAAUGCUUUUGGAUGUGUUUUAAGUAUCUCAUUCUCUGUGUGUAUCGUGGCAAAUUCGCGAAUUUUUUUAUUCCGCAGAACAAUAUGUUUUUGAACAAAAUUGUCGGGGUUGCACGUGAAUCUCUUCUAGAACAACUUUAUCAGUAUUACAGGUUAGGCGUGUCCAGUCUACUCCUUAGUCCGACACUUAGAUCAAUUCUUGAGCCAGCCCUUUACGAUCUGACAAUAGUGAUCCCCUUAUCAGAAGGACAUUCUAACGAUAUUGCAUGUAAUGAUCUUUGUUUCGAAAAAUGAACUUUGGCAUUUUGGUAAAUUUUCUUAUGACUUGGAAUACAUUUUUUUGUUUUUAAAAUCUGUAGACACUUUGUUACAAUUGUCACGGUCACCAUACCAAUCAGUAACAUUACAAUAGUGGACAGCUGAGUGUCUUGUUCCAGCAGCCUUCAUGAUUGUAAACAGUGUUCAAUAUUAUAACCAUAAAUAUGUUUACUGUUUGGACAGAAAACUUUGUAGCAUGUUGAAAUUGUCAUCACAGAUAGGAACCAUCUCCUAUUCACUGUAUUUAGCUUUGUAUUACUAUAGGACAGGUAGGUAUAACGAAGCACUCUAUAUAACUAAUCAAACUAAACGAAGACUAUCAGAGCCCCAUGUUAUGUAUUAUGGUGUAGGAGACAGUUAUAGAUAUAGGGAAUAUGUGAGUGGUCUGUCUUUGUCUGAAAGAAUUAAAGGUGCUUGGACAAUGUCAAUUAAACUUCUUCCUGAGAUAUGCUAUAUUGAAGAAUUAACAUUAGAACAGUCGGUUGUAAAUAAAAUAUUAAUAUAUAUUCCUCCAUCUGUAUUAGUACAGAUGUUGUCAGUGUUAUCGCACUAUAGACUGGGUAUUAGAUCUCAGUGUUUACAGUUACUGACAGACCUACAGACACUGCUGCUCUAUGAUGAUGGGAUUUAUGUUCCUUUUGAAGAGAGAGACAUAUCCUGGCAGAUACUGGGGAUCUGUCAGCAAGUUGUGGGGGACUUACAUGGGGCUUUACGGUCUUAUCGAGAGUCGCUUAAAGAGAAUCCAUGUCAUAAAUUGAAGAAAGCUACAAAACUUAGAAUAGACUACAUACAAGAUGAACUGUGUAGAAAUUUACGUGAAUAACUUUAAGUUUCUGAAAUCAUAUUAUCAUUUUUGCAAUUUAUCACAGAAGGCAUCCAAAGUGAAGACAAAGAAAACUAUGUGCAAAGUAUUUUCCAGAAUGUCUCAAUAAACCUACCAAAUCCAAGAAAAAGACUUGAAAUAUACUUUGUUGGUUUGGUACAAUUACCUUUUUUAUGACAUAUAUGUAUAUACGAUUGUAUUCUACAUUGAAACAUCGAAAAAAUUGCAUAAAAGUUUACAUUAAGUUUUCAUACCUGCAUACCCUUAUUAUUGCAGAGGUGCAUUGUAAAUCCCCAUUUCGGUGGGAUUUCAGAGAUACAUUUAAAGGGGUCUAAUAAAUUAAUAAUAUGCCAUGACUUAAUUAUUUGAUAAAAGGAGGACGAUAUACAGAUUAUCUGAAGACUAACCAGGUCUGGAUUUUAUUUUUAUAUAAUGCAAUGAUUUUAUAUUGAUUGUAUUUUACUGU